AUGGCUUUACUCACUGCGGCCGCCCGGCUCCUCGGAGCCAAGAAUGCAUCCUGUCUUGUUCUUGCUGCCCGGCAUGCUAGUGCUUCCUCCGCGAAUUUGAAAGAUGUGUUGGCUGACCUGAUACCUAAGGAGCAGACAAGAAUUAAGACCUUCAGGCAGCAACAUGGAAAGACAGUGGUGGGCCAAAUCACUGUGGACAUGAUGUAUGGUGGCAUGAGAGGCAUGAAGGGAUUGGUAUACGAAACAUCAGUUCUUGAUCCUGAUGAGGGCAUCCGUUUCCGUGGCUACAGUAUCCCUGAAUGUCAGAAACUGCUGCCCAAGGCUAAGGGUGGGGAAGAGCCCCUGCCGGAGGGCUUAUUUUGGCUGCUGGUAACUGGGAAAAUGCCAACAGAAGAACAGGUGUCGUGGCUCUCAAAAGAGUGGGCAAAGAGGGCAGCUCUGCCUUCCCAUGUGGUCACCAUGCUGGACAACUUUCCCAACAAUCUACACCCCAUGUCCCAGCUCAGUGCAGCCAUCACAGCCCUCAAUAGUGAAAGCAACUUUGCCCGAGCAUAUGCAGAGGGCAUCAACCGAACCAAGUACUGGGAGUUGAUUUACGAAGAUUGUAUGGAUCUGAUCGCAAAGCUACCUUGUGUUGCUGCAAAGAUCUACCGGAAUUUGUACCGGGAGGGCAGCAGUAUUGGGGCCAUUGACUCUAAGCUGGACUGGUCCCACAAUUUCACCAACAUGUUAGGCUAUACUGAUGUUCAGUUUACUGAGCUCAUGCGCUUGUACCUCACCAUUCACAGUGACCAUGAAGGUGGCAAUGUAAGUGCCCAUACCAGCCACUUAGUUGGCAGUGCCCUUUCAGAUCCCUACCUGUCCUUUGCAGCAGCUAUGAAUGGGCUGGCAGGGCCCCUACAUGGACUGGCAAAUCAGGAAGUGCUUGUCUGGCUGACAAAUCUUCAGAAGGAAGUUGGCAAAGAGGUGUCAGAUGAGAAGUUACGAGAGUACAUCUGGAACACACUCAACUCAGGGCGGGUUGUCCCGGGCUAUGGCCAUGCGGUACUGAGAAAGACUGAUCCACGAUAUACGUGUCAGCGAGAAUUUGCUCUGAAACACCUGCCCAAUGACCCCAUGUUUAAGCUGGUUGCUCAACUGUACAAGAUUGUGCCCAAUAUCCUCUUGGAGCAGGGCAAGGCCAAGAACCCUUGGCCCAAUGUAGAUGCUCACAGUGGGGUACUGCUCCAGUACUACGGCAUGACGGAGAUGAACUACUACACCGUGCUGUUUGGGGUGUCGCGAGCAUUGGGUGUACUGGCACAGCUCAUCUGGAGCCGAGCCCUCGGCUUCCCUCUCGAGAGGCCCAAGUCCAUGAGCACGGAUGGUCUGAUGAAGUUUGUGGACACUAAGUCAGGGUAA